AUCUAGUUCAAGGUUAUUAAUGAGAGCUUCUUUGUCUCGAAAGAAAUGAGGGCUUGUAGUAGUGAUUGGGGCACUUAUUUUAGCUGUCGUUUGGCUUUUCUAGUUGAAGGCUCAUUUUGAAACUAACCCGAAGGAUUUAGAUCUAUUAAAACACGAUAAGGUUUUGAGCAAGAAGCCUCCUGCUCCUCACCUGCGUCAUGUGCCUGACUACCUUGUUGACCCUAAAACUCAGGAAGCCAGCAAAAUUGUUAAGCUUGCCAGAGCUGCAAUGGGUCGUAAUCGCUCUACUACUCGCCACGCAUCAAGGAGAAGAUCAAGAAAAAGCGCCUAAGAAAGGCCGCAGAAGUGGAACAGGAAAAGGUAAAGAGGCAGGUGAUGGUUCGGGACUGUUUUGCCCCGAUAAUGCAUCCUUGGCUAGUCUCUGUUCUUCUUUUCUGAAUCAAGCCAUGUCUACUCUUGCUUCCAUCUUCUUCAUUUUGAUUCUCACACAGUCUCUGCUACUAUUAUCACCGUUAGCUUCGUCAAGCCCAGAAACUAUUAAGGGCUUACUUACCCGCUUAGAUUCUCAAAAGUCAUCUGCUUCAGUUCAAGAAUCAGCUGCUAGAGGUGUUCUAAAGAGAUUGCUACCCACCCAUUUGAAUAGCUUUGAGAUUAACAUUGUUUCCAAGGAUGUUUGUGGUGGACACAGUUGCUUUUUGAUAGAAAAUUACCACAGUUCAAGCCAGAGUGGACCUCAGAUAAUGAUAAAAGGCACCACAGCAGUUGAAAUUGCUUCUGGUCUUCACUGGUAUUUGAAGUAUUGGUGUGGUGCUCAUGUUUCUUGGGACAAGACUGGUGGCGCUCAGAUUGAUUCUGUUCCCAAGCCAGGAUCCAUACCUUUCGUAAAAGAUGAAGGCUUCAUAAUUCAACGACCAGUACCUUGGAAUUAUUACCAAAAUGUUGUUACAUCUAGUUAUUCAUAUGUUUGGUGGGAUUGGCAAAGAUGGGAGAAAGAGAUAGACUGGAUGGCUCUUCAAGGAAUUAACCUGCCUCUGGCAUUCACUGGGCAAGAAGCCAUCUGGCAGAAGGUUUUCAAGGGAUUCAAUAUUAGCAAGGAAGACUUACAUGAUUUUUUUGGUGGACCUGCUUUCCUUGCUUGGGCUCGCAUGGGAAAUUUACAUCGGUGGGGUGGGCCCCUAUCACAAAAUUGGUUGGAUCAGCAAUUGCUUUUGCAGAAGAAGAUUCUAUCUCGGAUGCUAGAGUUGGGCAUGACACCAGUGCUUCCGUCGUUCUCUGGAAAUGUUCCAGCAGCUUUAAGGAAUACAUUUCCUUCAGCAAAGAUAACUAGACUUGGGGAAUGGAAUACUGUGGAUGGAGAUCCUCGGUGGUGUUGUACUUACCUUCUUGAUCCAUCUGACCCUUUAUUUGUUGAGAUUGGGGAGGCUUUUAUCAGGCAGCAAAUAGAAGAAUAUGGAGAUGUUACUGACAUAUACAACUGUGAUACAUUCAAUGAAAACAAACCACCUACAAAUGAUCCAGCAUAUAUUUCAUCACUUGGAGCUGCUGUAUAUAAAGCAAUGUCCAAAGGUGAUAAAGAUGCUGUAUGGUUAAUGCAGGGGUGGCUCUUCUACUCAGACUCUGAAUUCUGGAAGCCAAGUCAAAUGAAAGCACUUCUGCAUUCUGUUCCAUAUGGGAAAUUGGUAGUUCUUGAUCUAUUUGCUGACGUCAAACCAUUAUGGAAAAUUUCCUCUCAGUUUUAUGGUACUCCUUAUAUCUGGUGUCUGCUACAUAAUUUUGGAGGAAAUAUUGAAAUGUAUGGCCUAUUGGAUUCAGUUUCCUCAGGUCCAGUUGAUUCACGCAUCAGUAAAAAUUCAACUAUGGUGGGUGUUGGCAUGUGCAUGGAAGGAAUAGAGCAAAAUCCAGUUGUAUAUGAGUUAAUGUCUGAAAUGGCAUUUCGAAGUGAACAAGUGCAAGUUGUGGAAUGGCUGAAGGCUUAUGCACAGAGACGGUAUGGUAAAGCCGUGGAUCAACUUCAAGCAGCAUGGGAAGUUCUUUAUCACACAGUUUACAAUUGUACAGAUGGAAUUGCUGACCAUAACAAAGAUUUCAUAGUUCAGUUUCCAGAUUGGGAUCCAUCACUAGGAUCCUGGUCAGACAACUCAAAACAAUCCCAGAUGCAUAAGCUCCCCACACUCUCUGGAACUAGAAGGUUUAUGUUCCAACAAACCGACCCUAAUUUACCUCAGGCACAUUUAUGGUAUUCUACUGAAAAAGUGAUCAAAGCUUUGAAACUGUUUCUUGAUGCUGGAAAUGAUCUUGCGGGGAGUCUUACAUAUAGGUAUGACUUGGUUGACUUGACACGGCAAGUGCUAUCGAAGCUUUCAAACCAAGUUUAUAUGGAUGCAGUGACUGCUUUUCGAAUGAAGCAUGUCAAAGCUUUUAACCUUCACAGCCAAAAAUUUCUUCAGCUCAUAAAGGAUAUUGAAGUUCUUCUUGCUUCUGAUGAUAAUUUCUUACUUGGGACGUGGCUUGAAAGUGCAAAAAAGCUGACAGUGAAUUCUUGGGAGAGGAAGCAGUACGAGUGGAAUGCUAGAACACAACUGACAAUGUGGUUUGAUAACACAAAAACUAAUCAGAGCAGGCUACAUGAUUAUGCAAACAAAUUUUGGAGUGGCCUACUAGAAGACUACUAUCUGCCACGAGCAUCAACCUAUUUCACUUAUCUGUCAGAAAGCCUGACAAAAAAUGAAAGCUUCAAGUUGGAGGAGUGGAGAAGAGAAUGGAUAUCCUUUUCAAACAAGUGGCAAGCCGGAAAUAAGCUUUAUCCGGUGAAGGCCAAAGGAGAUGCUCUCGUUAUUUCUAGAGCUUUAUACAAAAAGUAUUUUGAUUAGUUAUCUGGCACAUUUGAUACCUCAGAUAUGAGCAAGUGCUCUGAGUUAUCUCCUGCAGAUCAGCACCUGAAGUUAGCCUUUCUAAGGUAUAUCUGUAUCUCAAGCUGCAUGUAUACCAGGCUUUAUGGAAUAUUGAAGGUUGAAGAGAAGAUUGAACCCAAGAAUGCAGGUGUUGGAUAUACACGAACCAAAUCAAAAGCCUGAUAAUUGAUGAUGCUGAAUUGAUUAUUUGUUUUUUUAAUACAAUUUGAUUGAUAUUGGCGACAUUAAUUGUUGGAUUAAAUUAAAAUGAGUUCUUAGUAUUAUAACAUCCUUCAAACAAUAUCAUGCUUAGAAAGUUAUUGGA